CUGGUUUCCCAAGAGCAAAGCCAAAACCACCACCGCCUCCUCUUCCUCCUCUUCCGGCGAGGCUGAGCGGCCCCAGUGCGAAAUUACUCAAGGUAUACACUUGUAAACUCCUAGUCCUCCUUUGCUUCCCCUGACGUGCUCCUCUGUUUUCUCGCAAGAGCUAGAAAAGGCCAUAAAAAUAUCAUUUUUGAGGCCUCUUUUACCUUUUUUUUUGGGCGACUAUUUCUUUUCUUUUUGAUCAACCAAGAGGGUUCUCGUUUUUCUGAUGCCCUUCCGGUUGUUCCUUCGUGGCUAGAUUGAAUGUUCUUCAUACUCUGUUCUUUGAUUUUGCUUAAGAACAAGGUUGGAGACUCCCAUCUUUCUCUUUGGUUUUGGAUUUGAGGAGCUUUUAAAUUUUGCUUAGAUUUCAUGGCGGCGGCUAUAGAUAUGUUCAAUAGCACGCCUGUCUUCUCUGUUGACCCUUUUAGAGAGGAGCUCAUGAUGAAAGGACUCGAACCAGUUAUAACAAGUGCUACUGCUGCUGCUUCCUCUUCCUCCGCUAACGUCAUCGGCGCUUCCUCCGACUCCUCCUUCCUGUCAAUCUUAUCCUCUUCUUCCGCUCGUCAAAAUCCAAUCUUUCAUCUGUAUCCUCAUCAAAAUCCCACCUUGGAUGCCUCCUAUUCGCCGAUGGCGAGCUCCGGCGUGGUUCACCAAAGCUUCGUCAGCUUGGACGACAUGGGCUUCACCGGCGCCACCGGGCUCACCCAUCUUAGCUCUUCCCAAAUCCAGCAUAUCCAAGCUCAAAUUCAGCUCCAACAGCAGCAGAGCUUCGUGCUCGCACCGAAGCCCCAGAGGAUGAAGCACGCUGGCUCGCCACUUCCGGCGAAGUCCGCGAAGCUCUACCGAGGGGUACGGCAGCGCCACUGGGGGAAGUGGGUGGCCGAGAUCCGGCUGCCCAAGAACCGGACCCGCCUUUGGCUCGGCACCUUCGAUUCCGCCGAGGAGGCCGCGCUGGCGUACGACCAGGCGGCCCACAGGCUUCGCGGCGACUUCGCCCACCUCAACUUCCCCGACCUCAGGCACUCCACCACCUGCAACGGUUCCCUCCACUCCGUCGUCGACGCCAAGCUGCAAGCCAUUUGCCAGAGCUUGGCCAAUUCACCAAAACAGGGAACGACAACGGACGUCCCCUACACCGACGGUUCAGCUCUGCCGGUGGCGGCGGACGAAGAUGCAGCAGCAGCAGCAGCAUCAAAGGAAGAACCUUACUGCUUGGGAUUCGAGGACCACAAAGGAGAUAGCUCAUCGGAGUGGGAAGAGGAGUUGGGUUCGCCGGCGCCACCCCUGCUGGAGAUGCAGCACCUAGACUUCACGGAGGUGCCGUGGGACGAAUCGGAGAGCUUAAAACUGCGCAAGUACCCUUCAUGGGAGAUCGACUGGGACUCCAUCCUUUCCUCCACCAUCUAGUUCAGUCCCAAGUCAACUAGCUAGCUAGUUCAGUCAUCAGUCAGUGUGUGUCCCAAGUCAAACUCAAGUGUCCAAUGCAAAUGGAAUUUUAGACAUUUGCCUUGUGAUGCUUGCACUUGCAGAGUUGCAGGUGGAUGAAACUGUGAAAUUCUGUCCAUAAAGUCUGUAAAUAUACUGCUGAAAUUAUUAAAUAUGAGACCAUGAGCAUUAUCAAAU